AUGAUGAAGUGGGCGACAAUUAUUGCGUUCAUUGCGUCCGGCGCGAGGACCCGAGUUCGAUUUAAGGUCAUCAAGAGAGCGGACGAGAAAGUUGCAAGUGGAAUGACUUCGUUAUGGGCGGCACAUGAUCGAUGGGAAUCCUCCUUCUCAGCCACAUCCAUAGUGCACGAAUACAGCCUCACACAGCGGAGCGAAGUGGGCAGGCACUUCAAUCAGCAGCAGGGGGAUUGUCGGUACACCCAAGGUGGUUAUACGGGAAAUGUUCGAUUACCUGUCGUUUUGCUGACAUAUCAGGUUCGAGAGCGGCCUCAUGAAGGUGACACGGUUGUUGACAUUACAGGGCCCUUGACCUAG